AGCUGUAUCAAGGGUUCGAUUCGUCCCAUUCCGCGGCAUGGGAGCCUCCUGUGCCAAGGUUGAGAAGGACAGCAGUGCGCUGAUUAUUCCCUCGUGGGAGGAGUUGCCCCUAGAGGAUGAGGGCCUGGAGGCCAGUUGCGAGGCCAACGUGAUUGACCGGAAGGACUCCAUCCAGAGCUUUCAAAAUGCGUCAAACACAAGGGCCGAUGAGUAUGGGAAGCCUAUGACCGGCAUGUUCUCGAGCGAGUCCACCAUGGAUGGCACCGGGGUCCUCUCGGAGUCACUGGUCAGCCGCUUGAGCUGCAGGUCCAUGUUGGUGGACGUGCACGAGGUGCAGCGGGGCGAGGUGCUGAACCGCACG